AUUUCAGCCCCAUCUGCCUCUGGAAAGAUGAGAACAACACUGACAAAUCUCGCAGAAGUUUGCAGACACAUCCGUGAUUUAUUUUUAUUUUUAAUCCACAUAAAGUGACUCAUAUCGCGGCAGCCAGCUUGUGAAGAUGGUUGGGAUUGUUUCCACGCGUCGCUCUUGUCCCCAUGCGUGUUUACGCGCAUCAUGUGUGCCACGCUGGCUCCCAGCCACGCCGCGGUAUAUUUAUAGCCAUGCAGCGGUAACCAGCACUCAAUGAGUCCUCGAGAAAACCUUCCUCUGAUCUCCAAACUCACGCUGAUUGAGUGGCAGGCUGCAGAGGAGUGGAGUGGCUGAAUUUAGGAUCCACCUGCUCGGUGGGGUGGGUGGGGGUGGACUCGCUGAGGAUGAAGAGGCGCGCGGCACCUCAAGGGUUAUAGUGGAACCGCUGGCUCCUGAGACAUGCUCACCAGAUCCAACCAGUCCCUGUCCCUUUCCCUCACACCCAGUUUUCCCUCUCCACCCAUUUCUGCUCGCCAUGGAGACACUCACAUCCAGUCCUCUCUGUCUUUGCCUGAGCCUGAGGGCUGGAGGCGGCCCAGCGCCGCCACUCGACCGGGCCUGGCACAAGGAGCUCGCUCCUGUUCCCUGCAGGUCCCUCAUGCUGUCCUUGAGAGCCCGGGUCUGCCCCCUCGAGCAGCCAGUUUCGACGUUCCUUGUGGUCAGGACGAGGGCUCGUCUGAUCAGGGAUCAGGGUCUCUGAGUCCCAACGUCAUACUGCGGCGGCGCGGGGGACUCGUGGAACAGAAAGACAUCAUCAUGGCCCACCAGGCUCACAAAAUACAGAGCACGCCACAAGCCCGCAGGAAGGAGUGGGAAAUGGCUCGGUUCGGAGAUGAGUCCGCUCCCACCACGGCGGACUCCGGGGAUGGGGACGUGGAGCGCGGCGGUGACGGACAGGAUGAGGCGGCGAGCGCGCUCACGGCUUCCAUGAAGCAAGCCAAGGCGCAGCGGGCCCGGACCAUGGCUCUGUACAACCCCGUGCCCCACCGGCAGAACUGCCUCACCGUCAACAGGUCGCUCUUUAUAUUUGCAGAGGACAACAUCAUCAGGAAAUACGCAAGGCGAAUAAUUGAAUGGCCACCAUUCGAGUACAUGAUCUUGGCCACCAUUACUGCUAACUGUGUUGUCCUGGCCUUGGAGCAGCACCUCCCUGGAGAGGACAAGACCCCCAUGGCAAAGAGACUGGAGAAGACAGAGCCGUACUUUAUUGGGAUUUUCUGUUUUGAGGCGGGCAUCAAGCUGGUGGCGCUUGGUUUUGUGUUCCAUAAAGGGGCUUAUCUGAGGAACGGCUGGAACGUCAUGGACUUCAUAGUGGUCCUCAGUGGGAUCUUGGCAACCGCUGGUUCCCACAUGAACAUUCCUGCGGACCUCCGUACCCUGAGGGCUGUGCGAGUCCUGAGACCUCUCAAACUUGUCUCCGGGAUCCCCAGUCUGCAGAUUGUGUUGAAGUCUAUCAUGAAAGCUAUGAUCCCACUGCUCCAGAUUGGCCUUCUCUUGUUCUUCGCCAUCCUCAUGUUCGCCAUCAUUGGCCUGGAGUUUUACAGCGGGAAGCUUCACCAUACCUGCCAGCCAUCGGACGACAUUCUGGAUAACGAGACGGUUGACUCAUCGGAGCUGGCAUUUGCGUGCGGUGUGAGGAGGUGUCCAGAAAAGUACGACUGCAACGACACCUGGAUCGGGCCCAAUGACGGCAUCACGCAGUUCGACAACAUCCUGUUUGCUGUCCUCACCGUUUUCCAGUGUAUCACCAUGGAGGGAUGGACAGCUGUGCUCUACAACACCAACGAUGCGUUGGGUCCUACGUGGAACUGGAUGUACUUCAUUCCUCUCAUCAUUAUUGGCUCAUUCUUUGUCUUGAAUCUGGUGCUGGGUGUUCUGUCUGGAGAAUUUGCAAAGGAGAGGGAGAGGGUGGAGAACAGAAGAGCCUUCAUGAAGUUACGUCGUCAGCAGCAGGUGGAGAGAGAACUGAAUGGAUACAGAGCCUGGAUAGACAGGGCAGAGGAAGUGAUGCUUGCAGAGGAGAAUAAAAACUCAGGGAGAUCACCGUUAGAUGUGCUAAAACGAGCAAGUAAGAAAACCGGUGCACGGAGAGGAGCACCAGGAAGUGACAAACACACGGACACGUCUACAGCAAACAUGUCAAGAUCAAGAAUGAACUACCGUAGUGGUCGUCGCGGCCCAGCCGCCUACCUGCGACGUAAAGAGCGCAUGCUGCGUAUCUCCAUCCGCCGCAUGGUGAAGACAGACACUUUCUACCUGAUGGUGCUCAGUUUGGUGGCUCUCAACACCAUCUGCGUGGCCAUCGUGCACCACGACCAGCCCGACUGGCUCACCGUCUUUCUCUACUAUGCAGAGUUUGUUUUCUUGGGGCUGUUUCUGGCUGAGAUGUUUCUGAAAAUGUACGGUCUGGGUUUCCGACUCUACUUCCACUCUUCUUUCAACUGCUUUGACUGCGGGGUGAUCGUUGGCAGCAUCUUUGAGGUGGUUUGGGGCUUCUUCAGGCCCGGCAUGUCGUUUGGCAUCAGUGUCUUGAGGGCGCUGAGACUUCUAAGGAUUUUUAAAAUCACCAAGUACUGGGCUUCUCUCAGGAACUUGGUGGUUUCCCUCAUGAGCUCCAUGAAGUCCAUCAUCAGCCUGCUUUUCCUUCUCUUUCUCUUCACUGUGGUGUUUGCGCUGCUUGGGAUGCAGCUUUUUGGAGGAAGGUUCAUCUUUGAAGAUUACACUCCCACCAACUUUGACACGUUUCCAGCAGCCAUCAUGACAGUAUUUCAGAUUUUGACUGGAGAGGACUGGAACGAGGUGAUGUACAAUGGGAUUCGCUCACAAGGAGGCGUUCAGUACGGCAUGUGGUCAUCCAUCUAUUUCAUAGUGCUCACGCUGUUUGGUAACUACACCCUGCUCAAUGUCUUCUUGGCCAUCGCUGUGGACAAUCUGGCUAACGCGCAGGAGCUGACCAAGGAUGAAGAGGAGGAGGAAGAGUUCUUCAAUCAGAGGUAUGCAAGAGGAAGAGACGGCUUGAUAUCUGAUGGCAGAAGAAGACCGUAUCUCUACAGGAAACGAGCCAUUCAUAGAGGGAGGCCAACUUUUCCAGAUGACCCCGAUGGUCCAGCGGGGGCUGCGGAUGAGCAGCCUCCUAACGGCUCCAACGCCUUUGCAAACCGCCGUGAGAGGAGGAGGAAAGUCAACAUGUCAGUGUGGGAGCAGAGGGCCAACCAGCUACGCAAACGCCGUCAGAUGGCAAGCAGAGAGGAGUUGUUUGGAAACCCGGCAGAGGACACUGCUGAAACUCCCACCAUCCCCCACCAUGCUCCUGCUCAUUCCCCAGAGCCCAGCCCAGCUCACCUGCCUGAGUCGCCCAUGUCGGUUGGGAUGCCCUUACCCGAGCCGCCGAUGUCCAUCUCCAUUCCCGAGCCCCCAGCAGCUGAGCCUCUUGUAAAUUUAAGCGAGGAGAAACCAUCGGGAACAAAUCACCGGCCUGCAGGAGGUGGCAGGCACAGGAUGGCCCGGAGGUUCAGGACAAAUCAGGGGCCGGAGGAAGGGGCCCGGCACAGACGCCACCGCCACCGUGAGGCCCGAAUUGAAGCCAAGAGUCUGGACUGUACGCAGUCGCCCCAUGAGGUGCUUCAUGUGAGGCGUUCACAAAGCCACGAGAGGAAAAUUAUUGAUGAAAGAGAGGAGAAGGACGAGAAGGAGGAGAGUGAGAAAGGAGACGGAGGAGGAAGGGGACCUCUAGAGGACGAUGAAGGUGGAACAUGCAUCGUCAACCCGUACGCGGACGUUGGCGAAGACUGUAAAAGAGAUGCCACUCACAGCUAUGGUCCUUCACAACGCCAGCCACUGCUGGACUGUAACUGGUUAGAGCAAGGGGGGUGUGCCAAAAUCGAUCAGCAUGAACCCCUGAGCCAAAACAUCCCAGUGGAAUCUGCUUUAGAGGCCACAGAGUACACUGUGAGCACCAUCGAAGCUGAAAAACGCAAGAUCUCCAUCAAACGUGACAACAAAUCCAAAAUGGAGGGCAGCGUGGCCAUCGAAAUGUCUGCACAACCGUUUUUAGAGCUCACCCCAGUGACAGUGAACAGUAAAGAGUUGGAAGCAUAUGAGUCGGACGAGCAGGAGAAAGAGGAGGAGACUGAGGAGGAGGAACCGCCAGUGCCUCCUAAACCUGUAGCUCCUGACAGCAUGUUCAUCUUCAAAGCCUCCAACCCUAUCAGGAGAAUUUGUCACUAUGUGGUCAAUCUUCGCUAUUUCGAGAUGACCAUCCUCCUUGUAAUCGUGGCGAGCAGCAUUGCGCUGGCAGCUGAGGACCCCGUUUGCACAAGUUCAGACAGAAACAAGGUGUUGCGAUAUUUCGAUUAUGUCUUCACCGGAGUGUUCACCUUUGAAAUGAUCAUCAAGAUGAUAGACCAAGGUCUCAUUCUGCAUGAUGGCUCUUAUUUCCGUGACAUGUGGAACCUCCUGGACUUCAUAGUCGUGGUGGGAGCUCUGAUCGCCUUUGCUUUAACAAACAACAAAGGACGAGACAUCAAAACAAUAAAGUCCCUCAGAGUUUUACGAGUUCUGCGUCCACUUAAAACCAUCAAGAGGCUUCCUAAACUCAAGGCGGUUUUUGACUGUGUGGUCACAUCUCUAAAGAACGUCUUUAACAUCCUCAUUGUAUAUCAGCUCUUUAUGUUCAUCUUUGCUGUCAUAGCGGUCCAGCUCUUUAAGGGGAAGUUCUUCUAUUGCACUGACAGCUCCAUGAAAUCCGAAAAGGAAUGCCGAGGCUUGUACAUUGACUACAGCAGAGACAAGAAAGAGGUCAAGAGAAGAGAGUGGAGAAGACACGAGUUUCACUACGACAACGUCUGCUGGGCUCUGCUCACACUUUUCACUGUGUCGACGGGAGAAGGAUGGCCUCAGGUCCUUCAGCACUCAACAGAUGUCACAGAGGAGAACAUGGGUCCGAGCCGUGGGAACAGGAUGGAAAUGUCCGUUUUCUACGUGGUGUACUUUGUGGUCUUCCCAUUCUUCUUCGUCAACAUCUUCGUUGCUCUCAUCAUCAUCACCUUCCAGGAGCAGGGUGACAAGAUGAUUCAGGAGUGCAGUCUGGAGAAAAACGAGAGGGCCUGCAUUGACUUUGCCAUCAGUGCAAAGCCGAUGACCCGCUACAUGCCCCAGAACAGACAAACCUUCCAGUACAGGCUGUGGCACUUUGUGGCGUCACCUUCUUUUGAGUACACCGUUCUCGUCAUGAUCGCUCUCAACACUGUGGUUCUCAUGAUGAAGUACCACUCUGCUCCAACGGCUUACGAUGCUGUCCUAAAACAUCUAAACACAGCUUUCACCGUCCUCUUCUCCAUGGAGUGCAUACUCAAGAUCAUGGCAUUCGGUUUGGUGAACUAUUUUCGAGACACUUGGAAUAUUUUUGAUUUCAUCACCGUUCUUGGAAGCAUCACGGAGAUAGUUGUGGAUCUGCAGUCAUUGAACACCAUCAACAUGAGUUUCCUGAAGCUCUUCCGCACAGCCAGGUUGAUCAAGCUGCUGAGGCAGGGCUACACCAUCCGUAUUCUGCUUUGGACCUUCGUACAAUCGUUUAAGGCUCUUCCUUAUGUCUGCCUGCUUAUCGCCAUGCUUUUCUUCAUUUACGCCAUUAUUGGAAUGCAGGUGUUUGGAAACAUCAAGCUGAAUGAUGAGAGUCACAUCAAUCAGCACAACAACUUUAAGACCUUCUUUAGUGCUCUGAUGCUCCUGUUCAGGAGCGCUACAGGGGAGUCUUGGCAGGAGAUCAUGCUCUCCUGCCUGUCUGGACAGGAGUGUGAGCCAGACCCCUCCAUCUCCCCCCUCACCAUCUCACCUGACCAUGAAGGAGGCUGUGGCACCGACUUUGCUUACUGCUACUUUGUCUCGUUCAUCUUCUUCAGCUCGUUUCUGAUGCUGAAUCUGUUUGUGGCUGUGAUUAUGGAUAACUUUGAGUACCUGACUCGAGACUCCUCCAUCCUGGGUCCUCAUCACCUGGAUGAGUUUGUUAGAAUAUGGGGGGAGUAUGAUCGACUAGCAUGUGGGCGUAUUCACUACACAGCUAUGUACGAGAUGUUGACACACAUGUCACCCCCUCUGGGUCUGGGUAAAAAAUGUCCCGCUAAGAUCGCCUACAAGAGGUUGGUGUUGAUGAACAUGCCAGUAGACGAGGACAUGAGCGUCCACUUCACCUCCACUCUGAUGUCACUCAUUCGCACGGCUUUGGACAUCAAAAUAGCUCGAGGUGGCGAGGACCGUAUUGCUCUGGACUCUGAGCUGCAGAAGGAGAUCAGCAUCAUUUGGCCUUAUCUGCCCCAGAAGAACUUGGAUUUACUGGUACCCAUCAACAAAGAUACAGACUUGACGGUGGGGAAGAUCUACGCCUCUAUGAUGAUAAUGGAUUACUUCAAACAGAACAAAGCCAAGAAGCUUAGGCAGCAGCUGGAGGCUCAGAAGAGUAACAUGAUUUUUAAACGUCUGGACGCCUCCACCCUCCCUGAGGACAUUCUGUCCAACGCCCAGCCGCUGCCGAUGAUGGCCCACAGUGCCGGUUCAGCCCUGACCAGAGGAGGCUUUGUGGCUUUGAGCCCGAUCUCACCACAGGAACUCUUUCUGCAGCCCAUAAGCUCAGACGCUGAUGGUGGUCAGCAGCAGAGUCUGGUGGGCAGGUGUAUUUGGGCUAUUCAUGCCCCACUGGAGCUUCCACUUGGGAGGGGCCUAUGUGCGCGGGCCUCUUCCCUGCCCCGUCUGGCUGUAGAGCCUCAGCAGACAGAGGCUGAAGGUGGCUCCAUAAAGCGCUCGGUCUCCACUGUGGCAGAUCAACAGGUGAAUGGUCUCUGGCAAGAGGAGAAAAGUCCUGAGCGAGUGUAUCGACCUCGUCAUAAAAGCUACAAGGCAGCAGUUUCUCGGUCUGAGCGCAGGGAUCAUGGUCGGUCCAAAGAGCGUUGCCACCUCCUGUCUCCGGACACGUCACGUUGCAACUCGGAAGAAAGAAGCUUGCAGCCGUCGCGCUCCUCCAGUGUGGAUGGAGCACGCCCCCAGGAUAAACAGGGCAACAGUUCAGACAGCCCUGUACCCUCCACCUCAGAGUCCAGCACACCAAGUGGUCGACGACCUCUAUCACAGACCCCAAACCAAUCCCGCCCUCACAUCUCCUAUUCCCCACUUGCCCAAGCCUCCGUAGGGGAAGACGAGGACGAACAGGGCAGCCCGGACACCGUGAGGCGGGGUAAGUCCACAUGGGAGACCCAAGAGGGCGCUGAAGGGGAGAGACGGAGCCAGGCCGGCAGACAGUCGUCACCCCCUAGACGCUACCCCUCCGAGCCUUUCCUGGCCUCUCAGGAGGACGACCACAGCCCAGACCCUACCUGUCCCAUGGAGACGUUGACCUUUGAGGCAGCUGUGGCUUGCAGCCUAGGACGCGCAAACACCAUUGGCUCGGCCCACCCGCGCUGGCGGGCAGGUUGGCAGGUACCCAACGGACACUUCAGGAAGCGACUGGUGCAGACGACCUCAACUUCAGGCUGCGACCCUCUCAGCGACACAGAGGAGGACGACCGGUGCUAGGGUCGGGAGGUCUGACGCUAAAUCCAAAGUGAAAGUUACUGUGAAGCUUUGAGCCCUCUGGAUGUUUGAUCUAAAAAACACAAACUAAUAAAGACUCACUGCCUGAAACUGUAAUUACAGAUCUAUACAGAACUCUGACAAUCAAUAAGGUCCGUUUCCUGACCGGAACUUGAUGAUACACGGUAAUAAUGCAUCUCAAGUCGUUGACGAGUCCAGGAAAUAAACCCGAUAAAUGGAUCAUGUCAUUUGUGUCAAUGGGUAUUUUGAUUUCUGCAGAUAUUUUUAAAUGAUUCGAUGUUGCUCUAAACAGUAUUUAUCUGUGGGGUGUGUGAAUAUGUAGCUAUGUUUUAUUAGGAAUGGUUUUGUAAAUACUCUGUGAUCAUCUCACCACCGCCAUUUACGGAACCGCAUCGAUGCAACAAGCCAUCAAAACGAGGCAAUCAAACACCUACUUUAAUGAUGUAAGAGACUCUUUAUAUGCUGGAUUUUUUUAUAACAUGAAUGAGUGUGGAGGGAGGUGAAGUCGGAUUUCCUCUAGUUUUCAUUUUAAUUAAAGAGACAAUGUGUAGUUUUUACCAUUGAUCUCUGAAAAUAUCAGUCGAAAUCAUGAAAAUGAAUCAAAUGAUGCCUAGUAGUGGAAAAAUAUUGGCGGCUUUGUAACAUAUAAUCAUAAAUAUUGGGUCUAAAAUGCAUGGUAGAGGGUCUAAUGGUGUUCUCAAUGUCAAGGAUCCUUGCCUUGAUGCCUUGGUCCCGCCCCAGUUGCCUAGGAGAUACGCCAUCAGCAACCACCAAGGCAUGCUCCAAUGUUCAUGUUUUACGGAGGCGUCUGUUCUCCGUUUGCUAGCCAUUUAGCUAGCUGACCAAGAAUACAUGGGAGGUGUCUUGUAGCCUGAUCUUGGUCAAAAAUUUCCCAGAAUACUUCACGGCAUUUUCAAAAGGAUGGCGGAUCAGGAGCCAGCAGCUACUCUGGGGGUGAAAAAAAAAUGUAAGUCAACUAAUUGUUGCUACUGAGCUAAUAUCUGGAAUGUUUUUAGAUCUAAAGCUGUUGUCUAUGGUUGGUUAGUUGCUUAGUAGUUGCAGCUUCGGUGGCUAGCAGGUAGUGACUAUCUUACAUAUGUAAGUUAACCAAUAUAUACACAAUUAAAAAAAGUAAAAAGGCUUGUUAUACAUUUAAAUUGAAACUUAUAUGUAUAAAAUAUAACUUUACCGUGAUGUGACGUGACCGCCAAAAAAGCUGCGGUCACGUGAUGCAAGUCAUUUCCAUUUAACCAUUUUCUUUGACCAAGGAAGGACCGUGUCCUUGUAAGCAAGGCACCUGGCCUAGCAAGACAUCGCCUUUCUAGACCAGGUGCCUUGACAUUGAGAAACACCAUAAAUCUCUGGGCGACGCCAAAUUAGACACCAUGCUUACUUCUACGGGAGCCCGUGAGGACAAACCUCGAUGAUUUGUAACAAGUGGUGAGAAAACUUUUGUUAUUCAUAAACAUUUUACAUAUUAACCUCUUCGCUUGCUUGGAGGCUGCGUUCCCAGGGAUUUUUGACCCUAAGGGCCAUCUGUUGGUAAGGUCUUACUCAAACACAACAAUACUGCUUGCUUGCAAUGAUUUAGCCCCCCAUGGGAAAAUAAACAUCGUCAAUUUGAGUUUUGAUUUAUAGAUACAGUUAUAGAGCAUGACGGAAAAGAUGCUUUUGUGAAUUUAUUUGACAAAAAAGGUCAGAAAAUAUGUCAAUUAUACAUCAAGAUACAUUUUUUUUAAUCAGUUUUCAACCUCUGGGUAAAAUUUUUCAAAACACGAAACAGUUUAAUUUAAACCAAAAAGACCUUUUUCAAGAAUGGUCACAUUCUGUAAUCCUGAUUAUGGAACAAACCAUUGUGGACAAUGAAAUGCUGUAGAACCUCCCUGACCAAUUUUGCUUUAAACACCUAGAUUGUUCUAAGUUUUGCAAAUAAUGUACAGAGAAAGGAUGCUGUUUUUAAGUUUUAGAGAGGGAAAAAAAUACAACUGUAAUGAAAUCCUUGAAAAAUAUUCCUAUUAAGGUAAAUCUGUGAAACUCAAUUAACCAAAAGAUUUGUAUUAUAAGUUUGAUUGAUGCAAAUACUUUGUGGGUUUUUAUUGUACAGUAGCUGUAUAUACUAGUAAAGGUGUUCCUAAGUU